AUGCCCCCAAAUUCCCAUCAGCAAAUAGCAGCUCAACUCAACACACAUGCACCCGCACUCCGCCAGGUGCUGGGGCCACACAGAGGGGGCCCAGUCCCUGCCCUCAAGGGGCUUGCAGAUAAGCUUCUGUGCAAUGCAAAUUUUCAGCAGCGUCUCCAGCUCUCCUGCCAAGCAGUGGCUGCCUGCUGCUGCUGUGGCUCUGGCCUUUCUAAGGCCCAGGAACUAGGGUGGUGCCAUCAGGCUUUCCAGAGACUGAAGCCAGCCAGGGUCUGUGUCGACACUCACUGGGGAAGCUGCCUAGAUGCAGGGCUCCCAGGUGGUGUUCCCCCUCCUGUGCCCGUCCUCCCUGCGUCCUCCCUGCCUCGGUUCCAUGGCACUAAGCACUGUCUUGACAGCGAGAAUGCUUUCUCGCCCUUCCCUCCUAACUGGGUGGCCCUGGGACUCUGGCUGUUCUUGGCCCCUCUGAGUUCUCAGAGCAGAACUGUGAGAAGCAGCUUCAAGGCCUGGAAGCAGCCACUCCCCACCCCCAAGGGCUCUGCUGCCCAGCAGACCAGAACCUGGCGACCAGAGGGAGCGCACUACCAGCAUGGCACUAAGCACGGGUGCCCUCAGAGACAACAGGCCCGGACCAGAGGGCAGGAUAAGAGAGAAGCCAUUAUAGGAGGGGGCAAACAAGCUGAGAGAAUGGCAUUUCCAUUUGCUUCCACGGUGGCUGUCCUGGCCCAUGCAGCUCAGAGACCGAGGGCAUCCAGACUGCUUGGACCAGGCACCAAGGAACCAGUUGGCACCAGCCAGACCCACCACGAGCCCACCGAGGCCACUGAAGGAGUGGGGCUUUCCCACUCAGGAAACUCCUACCCUCGCGCUCUGAAGCUGGGGGCGUCGGGAGACCCAGGCGGGGACCUGCGGCUCCACCAGACACCGGGCACCGGGGCAGGCCAGGGCGGAAGCCGCCCGGACUCGGAGAGGCAGAGCCUCCGAGAGGGCCCGGGGUGCGGGUCGGCGCGGGAGUCCGGUGCGCGGCCUCAGGGGGCAGGUGCUAGGCCGGCUGCUGCUCCGGAGCCCCGCGCGGUACCUCCCUGCGCAGUCGGGACUCACCUGGGCCGCCCCCGCUCCCACCCCCGGCCCGGCCGCCUACCUCUCCUACCCGAGCGUCCCGCGAGCCUCCCCGCGCCGCUCCCGAGUCGCUCAGCCGGUUCCGCGGGCCUCGGCGCGACGGCGUCGCCAUGGCAACCGGGCGGCGGGCGGGGCGGGGUCCCGCGGCCGGAAGUGGCGCACGCAGCCCGCACCCCGGCUCAGGACGCGGCCCCGGGGCUGCCCCGCACGUGCCAGGUCCCCGCGGUGGCGGCCGCGCUCGGGACCCGGCCCUGCCAGCUCUGGGCUCGCAGCUGGGCGAACCGCGGCCACCGUGAGCCCGGCCUCUGGACCAGAGUUCGGGAAAGCUUCGCCAUCAGGGCCUCGCGACCCUCCCUGCGGGGCUCCUACGUUCGGGGGCGCUUGGGGUCUGCGGCCCGCGGGGCUGCCCCGAGGGCCGCGGGGUUCGCCCGGGCAGGGGCGGGGCGGGUGGGCCGGGUAAGCCCCGACUGCGCACGAAGGACCUGGGGUCUGCCAGGCCUGCGGGGCGGGAUGGGGCCCGGUCUCAGAGGAGAGCAGGUGCCAGAGGCGAGACCCGCCGCCCUUCCCCGGCCUGGCCCCGCGCUUUCUGAUUUUCUGGCUCCAGGCCUCCCCUUCUGCCCUCUACCUUCUUCCCUGCCCUGCCCUGCCCUCGCCCUGCCCGGGUCCAGGAGGCCACUAGGUGUCAGAACCGGCUCGGGCCUUGGCCCUGUGGGCACCUCCCCAGCCCCCACGGGGGAGACGACACUGUCGGGAAGGCCAGGACUAACCCCCGCCCCAGCUCCCACAGAGCAGCCUCAGGGGAACACCGGUGGACGCGGAGGCCAAGACCAAGAUCGGGAGCCAGCCCCUUCGGAGCCCGGUCCAGGCCCUCCGUCCAGGAAGUGCUGUUCGGACUUGGAGAGGAGGAGUGGGGACAGGCUGAGCAAGUCUGAGUUCCCUGGUGACAGCCCUGGGCCUUCAGCCCCUUCCAAAGCCAGGAGAGACUCCUGCUGAGUGAUAAUGGGGACCCGUUAUCUUCCCCCAUGCCCCGCGCCCGCCCCAGCAGCACUGGCCUGCAGGCCUUUCCCUUAGGAGGGAGAGCAGUUGUCUCCCUGCCAGCAGUGUUCUCAGGGGCCUGCUUCAAGUGGGUCAGGGUGGGUGGGAGUGUUCUGAGUGAGGGAGAGGCCUGCACACCCAAUGCAUGGGGAGCUCAUGGCUACACCCAACUCAUUUUAAACAACAGGCGAUGCCACCAAACUGCUGUCCAGCACCAGGGCCUGAAGGCCUUGCCGCAGCUGCCAGAUUCCCCAACCCAGGACAGCAGACACCCAGAAUGACUGCCUUCCAACCCCAUCCUUGCUGCCGAAGCUCCUGGCUUGGAAGCCUAAGAAGUGUGCACUCCUUCAGCUUGGGAAAGGUGGGAAAGGAGAGGACCCCUCCUGUCCUUUCUUUUUUUUGAGAUGGAGUUUCGUUCUUGUUACCCAGGCUGGAGUGCAAUGGCACGAUCUUGGCUCACCGCAACCUCCACCUCCUGGGUUCAGGCAAUUCUCCUGCCUCAGCCUCCCAAGUAGCUGGGAUUACAGGCACGCGCCACCGUGCCCAGCUAAUUUUUUGUAUUUUUAGUAGAGACGGGGUUUCACCAUGUUGGCCAGCAUGGUCUCGAUCUCUUGACCUCGUGAUCCAUCCACCUCAGCCUCCCAAAGUGCUGGGAUUACAGGCUUGAGCCACCGCGCCCAGCCUUCCUGUCCUUUCUUAAGCCGCCCAAGAUGAGCUCAAGCCUCCCGAGUUGAAAUGCUGACUGUGUUUCUUGUGGAAACCCCUCCCUCCCCACACCUCGGAGCCACGCUCCCCUCUCUGCUCUCAGACGCACCAAGUUCACACCCAUCUCUCCAUGGAAUGUUCUUUCCUGAAUCAUCACUGGGCUCAUUCUUUCAAAUCCCAGCUCAAGCAGUCACCUCCUCAGAAGGCCUUCCCUGACCAUCCAGAGGGCAGCUGGGGCAGGGUUUGGGAUUCCUAGAUUCCUCAUGCUGGGAAGCCACACCUAGAGUGCCCCCUGGUCUCUGACAGAAAGCAUUUAAGGAGCAAGAAGCAUCAAGGAAGCAGGCAGAAUGUGAGCAGAGCUGGAGACUCAGGCACAGACCCACCUGGCACCUGGCUAGUCACUUCCCCCUUGCUAGGGUUACCAGAUUCAGAAAGUAGAGGAAAAAAUUAAAAAGGAUUCCCAGUUAUAUUCAAAUUCAGGCUGCAUGACUGGCUUACACCUGUAAUCCCAGCACUUUGGGAGGCCGAGGUGGGUGGUUCUCCUGAGGUCAGGAGUUCGAGAUCAGCCUGAUCAACAAGGUGAAACCCCGUCUCUACUACAAACACAAAAAUUAGCCAGGCAUGUUGACAGGCACCUGUAGUCCCAGCUACUCAGAAGGCUGAGACAGAAGUGCUUGAACCCAGGAGGUGGAAGUGGCAGUAAGCCAAGAUUACACCACUGCACUUCAACCUGGGCGACAGAGCAAGACUGUCUCAAAAAAAAUUCAGUUAGUUUUUUUUAGCAUGAGCAUGUCCCAGAUAUUACAUGCAGUAUACUAAAGAUGUAUUCCGGCUGGGUGCCAUGGCUCACAUCUGUAAUCCCAGCACUUUGGGAGGCUAAGUCUGAUCACUUGAGGUCAGGAGUUCAAGACCAGCCUGGCCAAUGUGGUGAAACCCCAUCUCUACUAAAAACACAGUUAGCUGGGCAUGGUGGUGGGCACCUGUAAUCCCAGCUACUGGGGAGGCUAACACCGGAGAAUGACAUAAACCCAGGAGGUGGAGGUGGAGGUUGAAAUGAGCCAAAAUCACACCACUGCACUCCAGCCUGGGUGACAGAUGAGAAUCUAUCUCAAAAAUUAAAAAAAAGAUGUAUUCCUCA